AUGGCAAAUCUUUCAUACACUAAGAAUCAGUUGGUUCGUCAGAUACGAAGAAAACCAUUGACCAUUCUUGGUCCGAUCACUUUAAUUUUGAUUAUUUAUCUCUUUUUUUUUUCAUCAUCAUCAUCAAGUAAAUCGAAAUAUAGUUAUACCAAAAAGAAUGGAUGGUUUUCCAAGAAUAAAGAUUCAUUGAUUUUACAAAACUUACCAAAGAAUCAUAUAAGUCAUUAUGAUUUAAAUAAAUUAACUGUUACCCCCGAUGCAUUAGUAAAUAAAGAAGAAGUUUUAAUUUUAACACCAAUGUCCAAAUUUGUACCAGAAUAUUGGGCUAAUUUGAACAAAUUAAGUUAUGAUCAUAAUUUAAUAACUUUAGGAUUUAUUUUACCAAGAACAAAAGAAGGGGAUCAUGCAUUGAAAUCAUUAGAAAGUGCCAUAAAGAAAACCCAAUCAAAUCAAGGAAAAUUUAAAAAAAUUACUAUAUUAAGACAGGAUUCUAAUUCAUUAGAAUCUCAAUUAGAGAAAGAUCGUCAUGCUUUGAAAGUUCAGAAAGAAAGAAGAUCAAUGAUGGCAUUAGCUAGAAAUUCAUUAGUAUUUAGUACUAUGUCUCCAGCAACUUCUUGGGUAUUAUGGUUAGAUGCCGAUAUUAUUGAAAGUCCCCAAACUUUAUUACAGGACUUAAUGGCUCAUGAUAAACCAGUCAUUAGUGCCAACGUUUAUCAAAGAUAUGUUGAUGAUAAAACAAAACAAGAAUCAAUUAGACCUUAUGAUUUCAAUAAUUGGGUGGAAUCAGAAGAAGGUUUGAAGAUUGCAGCUGGUUUAAAAGACGAUGAAAUCGUUGUUGAAGGUUAUGCUGAAAUGGCUACUUAUAGACCUUUAAUGGCUCAUUACUAUGAUGCUAAUGGUGAUGUGAGCACUGAAAUGGCCUUAGAUGGUGUUGGUGGUGGUGCUGUCUUAGUUAAGGCUGAUGUUCACAGAGAUGGUGCAAUGUUCCCAUCUUUCCCAUUCUACCAUUUAAUUGAAACCGAAGGUUUUGCAAAAAUGGCUAAAAGAUUAGGUUACGAUGUCUUCGGAUUACCUAACUACUUGGUCUACCACUUUAACGAGUAAGAUAGAAAAGAACCUUCGGUAACUCCCAGAGUGCCCACCCCAUAAACAGUUCUCUUACAUAUAGUUUAAAGAUUAAAUUGAUAAUCUG